ACUCCAGUCCAGCUCCCACACAAAUCUGCGCCAGGUUUGAAUAAUCACUCGGACCUGCCGAAGUAAAGCCCUAACAAGCGCAAGUGCCUCUUGAAUCGAAGUCUGCAGGUUUUUCAGAGUGGGCAGGCUGGGGGGCACGGGCAGAGAUGGCUCCUAGGGGGCUGGCUGCCCCGGCUGUGCCCUUAGCUUCAGACACGAGGAGAAAGCACUGAGGAUCAGCACCGGCCCUUUGGACAACAGGCAACUCUGUGGAGGAUGUCCUAUCAAGAUGAAUAUGGCUCAUUCAAGAAUUAACUCUAUACACAUCUUCUACCUCAGUUUUUUGCUGCUCAUCCAUUUAAAAAAAUCACUUUGCAUGAGGAAUGAUUCCAGGUGCCUGUCAAACUCUUGCCAAAAGAACUCCACAUGUGUUGCUGGUCAUAAAGAUGACCCUUGCCUUUGUGCAGAUGCAUCAGUGGACAGUGUGGAGGAGCUCUGCAACAAAACCUCCAACCCUUGCUCCUCAAACCCUUGUCUCCAAAACGCUACCUGCCUAGGUUCUGCUGGAAACCUCAGCUUCACCUGCCAGUGCCCUGCUGGCUAUAAUGGACCUACCUGUGAAAGAGCCGACAGUGACUGUGACACCAAUCCAUGUGAGCACGGAGGCACCUGCCGAAGUGGCCUGGCAGGGCCCACCUGCCUCUGCAGUGCCGGCUACACCGGGAGGCUGUGCGAGAGAGACUUGGAUGAGUGCAUCUCUGAGCCGUGCCGCAACGGAGCGCUCUGCAGGGAUGGCGUGGACGAGUAUUUCUGCUACUGCGUCCCAGGCUACCAGGGCAAGCACUGUGACCUGGAAGUGAAUGAAUGUGCCUCAGACCCGUGCCUGAACGGGGCAACGUGCCUCAACCAGAUAGGGCACUAUGACUGCAUCUGUCCCCUUGGCUACACAGGUACGAACUGUGAGGUGGAAAUCGAUGAGUGCUUGUCCCAGCCAUGCCUGAACGGGGGGACCUGCCACAAUUCCCUGGGGAGUUUUUCCUGCUUGUGCAUGCGGGGCUUCCUCGGGGACCUCUGCGACAGCGACAUUGACGAGUGCUCCAGCCAGCCCUGCCUCCAUGGGGGACACUGCAUGGAUGGGGCCAACGGAUACAGCUGCAACUGCACUGGGACUGGAUUUAUGGGCUCGCACUGCGAGACCCUCGCUCCCUUAUGUUGGUCACAGCCAUGCUACAACAACGCCACUUGUGAGGACCUUGCUGACAAUUACACAUGCCACUGUUGGCCAGGGUACGCGGGCUCCCGCUGCGAGCAGGACAUCGGCGAGUGCCGCAGCAGCCCCUGCCUCUCCGGCGGAACCUGCCUGGAGCGCUCCUGGCCCGGCCUCUACGGGCUCGUCCCGGGGCUGCCGUCCGCCUUCCGCUACGACCGGGCCGAGGGCUACAUCUGCCGCUGCCCGCCGGGCUUCGCCGGUACUCACUGUGAUGAAGAUGUCAACGAAUGUUACACAAACCCUUGCCAAAAUGGUGGGAUCUGUGAGAAUUUUCCUGGAAAUUACACUUGCCAUUGCCCACCUGCAGACAAAGAAGGGAUUUUUUAUGGUGGCUGGAACUGUACAGAAGUUCUGCAUGGCUGUACUGAUCAUCAAUGCCAAAACAAUGGAAUAUGUAUCCCACAUUUAAAAAACGGCCAACACGGAUUCAGCUGCAUAUGUUCACCUGGGUAUACUGGAAUACACUGUGAAACUGUAACCACAUUUUCUUUUCAAGGAAACAGUUUCCUUUUGUUGAAGAAUCCCCAGACCCAUAAAAAGGACUUUUUCUAUAAUAUAAACCUGAGGUUUCAAACUGUGCAACCCACAGCUUUUCUGUUUCAACGAGGGGAGAAAAACACCUUUGCAAAGUUGGAAGUACUGAAUGGCUACUUACAGUUAUCCGUGCAAGUCAAUAAUCAGCCACAGGCUCUUUUGCAUAUUCCACAUAAUGUCAGUGAUGGAGAAUGGCAUUCAGUGGAGGUAACCUUGGCAAGAGCUGUUAUUCUUAAUUUGCUUGACAGCUCUUGUGUCGAAUCCUGUCUCAAUAAAACAUCUGCUAAGAUAGAUAACGAGCUGGUGAUGUUUGCAUUUCAGACCACGUUUUUGGGCGGCUUACCAGUGGGGAACAGCAACUCUCUACAGAACACCUUUAAUACACAUUCUGCACCUUCAUUUGUAGGCUGUCUUCAGGAUAUUGAGAUAGACUUGAAUGUUAUUACUCCAGAGAAUGUAUCAUCUGGGUCAUCUUUAAAUGUCAGGACAGGAUGUGCUAAAAAGGACUGGUGUGUUCCCCACCCGUGCCAGAACAGGGGACGCUGCAUCAACCUGUGGCUGAGCUACCACUGUGACUGCUACCGGCCCUACACAGGGCCAGAUUGUGCAACAGAGUACAUUCCAGGCCGGUUUGGAUUCGAGGACUCCUCAGGCUAUGCUGCUUUUCCUGUUGAUUCCAUUCAGAAUGAGAACUUCAUCAUAUCAAUGUUUGUCCGAACACGCAAAUCUUCUGGCUUGUUACUGGCUCUGAGAAACAGUACUUACCUCUACAUAAGAGUCUAUUUGGAAGGUGGAAAACUCACCCUGCUAGCUCUAAAUUCCAUGAAGUUAUUAGGGAAACACUCUGUGAAUGAUGGAAACUUUUACUUAAUAACAUUAAAAAUAGAACCAAAUAAGAUGGAGUUGUUCCAGUCCUCUCACUACCUAGGCUUUAUUUCUACUCCAGCACUAACCAUCCAAAGUAAGGAUAUUCUUUACAUUGGAGGCCUACCAGAUAACACAGAAACUGACAGAAAUGGCAGGUAUUUCAAAGGCUGUAUCCAAGAUGUAAGAGUGAAUAACCAGCCGCUGGAAUUCUUCCCCAUCACCAAUCCACUGAAUUCUACCAACCGAACUCUGAUCAAUGUCACCCAAGGCUGCACUGGUGACAACCUCUGCAAGUCCAACCCUUGUCACAACGGUGGUGUGUGCUAUUCAAUCUGGGAUGACUUCACUUGCACGUGCCCCCCUAACACAGAGGGGAAGGCAUGUGAGGAAGUUAAGUGGUGUGAGCUUGGGCCCUGUCCUCAUGAAGCACAAUGCCAGCUGGUGCACCAAGGAUUUGAAUGUCUUGCAAACGCAGUGUUCAGUGGCCGGAGCAGUGCGAUAUUUUACAGAAGCAAUGGGAAAAUCAGCAGAGACCUCACUAAUAUCGUCUUUGGCUUUCGAACCAGGGACACUGACGUGAUCCUGCUGUAUGCAGAGAGGGAGCCUGAGUUUGUCAUCAUCAGUAUACACAACUCCAAACUCCUGUUUCAAUUACAAAGUGGCAACAGCUUCUACAGGCUGACCCUUGUGAGUUCAGUGCCCGUGAGUGAUGGCAAAUGGCACCAAGUGAUGGUCUCUAUGGUGGAGCCCCUGUCCCAGUCCUCCAGAUGGCACUUGGAUAUAGACAAGAAAGACAUGGCAACCAGCACAGCUGCUGCAGGAAGCCUCAACUUUUUAAGAGAAGAGACAGACAUCUAUGUGGCUGACAAAGCUUUCGACAGCCUGGAUGGCCUGCGAGGGUGCAUGAGCACCAUAGAAAUCAGUGGCAUUUAUCUCUCAUACUUCGAAAAUGCUGACAUACCUACUAAAAAACCUCAAGAGGAACAAUUUCUCAAAAUAUCUGCAAACCCUGCUCUUACUGGCUGUUUGCAGGUAGAUUUCUGCAGCUCUGACCCCUGUAUGCAUGGGGGCAUAUGUGAAGACUUGUACACUUCCUACCACUGUGUAUGUCCCAAUGGAUGGACUGGCACCUACUGUGAAGUCAACAUCGAUGAGUGCUCUUCAAACCCCUGCAUCUAUGGGAACUGCACAGAUGGGAUUGCCUCCUAUGAGUGCAGCUGUGAGCCUGGUUACACCGGGGAGAACUGUGAGGAGGAUGUAGAUGACUGCCGUGGCCACCAGUGCAUGAAUGGGGCCACUUGUGUGGAUGGGAUUAAUGGAUACUCCUGCCUGUGUGCUGCUAACUUCACGGGGAGGUUUUGCAGAUAUCGAAGAUUACCUUACACAGUUUGUGGGAAUGAAGAGAGGAACCUCACGUGUUUCAACUACGGCAACUGCACUGACCUCGGCAGUGAGCUGACCUGCAUGUGCCUGCCGGGGUUUGUGGGAGAACGGUGUGAGAAGGACAUUGAUGAGUGCAGCUCUGACCCAUGUCUGAACGGGGGCCUCUGCCAGAACCUCCUCAACAAGUUCCACUGCCUGUGUGACGUGAACUUUGCUGGAGACCGCUGUGAGAUUGAUCUGGCAGCUGACUUGAUCUCGAGCAUAUUCACAGCCAUUGGCUUGGUGACGCUGGCCCUGCUGGUGGUGCUGUCCUUGGCCAUGGUGGUCUCCGCUGUCACUGCCAGCAAACGGGCGACACAGGGCACCUACAGCCCCAGCCGCCAGGAGAAGGAAGGGUCCCGGGUAGAGAUGUGGAACAUGGUGCAGCCACCACCUGUGGAAAGACUGAUCUAGAAGAAAGCAAAGCCACUCCUCCAUCCUCAAACCUGGCUGAAAGGGGACACUGAACAUAUGUAAGAUAUAUUCAUUUUCCUUCUGAUAAAUAUUACAACAAUUUUUUCAUUGUUUCCUUUUAAGUUCAGUAGUGAACAAAUGACAUUUAUCAUUGCUGAUGACCAGCCCAUCCAAGGACAAUUUUUAUUUGCACUGGAAACUCCAGCCUUGAUAAUCAGCAGUAGGCAUUGUGAACAGUAAUGGCUCCUGGAAUAAAUGUAACUGCCUGUCCUGGACACCACAUGGAUAACAGCUUCUCCUUUUGCACUCUCCUUUGGCUGCCUAGCAAUCACUGCUGCAGACGAUGAUGCAGACAAAUCAGCUAAGUCUGUACAAUAAAGACAUUGUAAUUCUUUUAUCAAAGGGUUUAGUACUAGAACUAGAUGCUUCAAAUUUGUUUUUCUUCCUUCUAGUUCUUUUGUUUCACUUGCUGUUCCUCCACCUUCUACUAAAAUGAAGGUGAAAUGAGUUUCAGUUUCCACAAGAACAUAUUUCUCUUAGGAUAAAAGACUGUGGCAUAAAAUACCCAGUGGGCACAACCUGACCUGUUAGGAGAUAUGAAAUCUAAAUAUCCUAAACAAGUUGUGUGCAUCCACACUACUGCCUUUUUCCUAUUACAAUAUUACCCAAUCAUCCCUUUUAGAAAAUUAUUGCUUCUCACAUUGCAAACGUACAUUGGCUGCCAAAAUGAAAGACGCCAAAAUAAAUGUUUCCUAAAGCUCAUGGAAAAUACCAGGAAAAAGGCAGAAGUGGCCUACAGGUAGAACAUUGGCUUGAAAAUAAUUAGGCCAAACUUGGUGCUUCUCCUGGAACUCAGACUUCUCAUAAGAUCAUGGGCAAAUAAAUUGUUAUGCCUCAAGUUUCCUCUUUUAAAACAGGGAUAAUCCUAUUUAACUACCUCAUAAACCUCAGCAGCAAAAGGGUUGCUGUGUCAAAAAAGAAACAAAUGCAUGAAAUGUAAUGGAGAAGCUUGGAAGAAAUCUUGUAAUGAAACAGACAAUUACAUAGAUGUAAUAAAAAUCACAUUGACAAGUAAUGCAAUGACACAAAUAUUUGAUACAAAGAAAUGUUGUAAUGAAAUAGACAUUUGAAAAUGUAAGUUAACAGUUGGACUCAAUGAUCUUAAAGGUAUUUUCCAGCCUUAAUGAUUGUAUGAUUCUUUGUGCCAAAAAUGCUCCCAUGUCAAAGGGGUUUUUGGAAUGUAAAGGCAAAAUUUAACUGUAACUCAUGCAGUCAAUUUUCAGAUGUAGUCAAGUAAUUAAAUCACAAACAUUGCUCCCACACAAACUAAAUCCACAAUAAGAAGGCAACAGAGUGGAAAGGCCAUGAAGGCAUUUCUUUCUGCACUUCAGCUUGCAUGUGCCCACAGCAGUGAAACAUCCCAACAUCAACCCCCAGAUUAUUCCAGGAGUUGUAUAACAGGGUAUGCACACUCAGUAUCCAAGAGUUUAACUCAUCUUUUCAAUUUAUGAUCAUUAAUUGAAUAAAUAAUAAUUAAUUGUGGAUGACCCCUUAAGGGAUUACUGAAGAUCAAUGCCACUCACAUUUAUUUUUAUAUUAGAUGAUUAGCAGUAACUAUGAUAGUAAGCACAUUCAGGACUUUUUGCAGUCCUCACCAAUAUCUUUCAAAACAAGGCACUACAGAAAAUGUGAGUGGAUGGUUGGAUUCAAGCUGAGUUAAAAGAAUGUAGUCACAGCAAAAAUGCAUGGCAGAUUUUAUUCUGGCCAAAUUUACAGCUUUACUACUGAAGCUUAUUAUUUUGAAUGCAACUGCUGUUGUACAGCUGCAGUCUAAAUUCAGAGAGUUCAAAAGAAAACUGAGGAAAUAGUGGAAAAAUAAGUUACUAAAAUUAUGAUGAGAGAGAGCAGAAAUUAUUUUCUCCGGAUCUUUUCAAAUCAUGGCUUUUUUUUUCCUUUUUGCCUCACUCACAAGUAAGACAAACCAUGUCAAGAAAGUGGCCAAGUCUCCACAUGGGAGACUGUGAUAACAAGGGGACAAGCAGUAAGUGAGUGAGGAAGAGAAGGCUGGGAAAAUCUUGGGGACAGCAAGCUCUGAACACCAGGACAAAUCUGGAAGAAUGAAUUAGGCUCAAGCAGCAGAAGCAGCACUGGACUAACGAAGUGGAUGCAAAGAAUAUGCUUCCACACACCUGCUUUAUGCUCUUGAUUUUGUGGUCAAUGAGCUCAACUGAGAGAAUUGAUAGAGAUCUCAGGGAAUAGCAGAGAUGGAGAAAGAAAAAGAGAAAUUAGCUGAUAUCAGAAAUAGCAGUAGAAUGGUUAUAAUAAAGAUCUAACUUUGAAGUCUGCCUUUAUUUGAGCAGGAGGUUUAACUAGAUGACAUCAGCAGAUCCCUUCCAGGCUUAAUUAUUACCUUAUCCAAGGAAAAAGGACAAAAGGGAGAAAGCAGCUGAAGAUGGAGUCAGUUUGCAAGGAGAACUAACUUGAAGGAAAGCACAAGGAAAGAAUAAGGAAGUAGCUGAAAAGUAAAUCUGCUCUUCUCUAUGGUUUGACUUUCUGGAUGAAAUUUGGGAGACAGUUGAAAAACAAUCUGUAGAGAUGUAAUAAAAUAUUCCAGAAAGUGUUGCCACAGAGAGAAUCUUUAGGGCUGAGCAAGAUACCCAGGAGCGUGUGCAGAGGAAAGAAGAGGCAGAGAAGAUGAAAGCCUGAAGACUUUUCAUACAGACCAAAGAGAGUUCAGGAGGAAUAUGCUCCUAGAGAAUUAAAAAGACAUCCAUAAAAGCACAACAAAGAGAAAAAUCUCACAGUGAAAUACAAGUGUGGUUUGUAGAAAGUAAGUCAAGGAGACAGAAGGCAGGGGAAAAAACCUUUAAACUAAGAUUAGAGUAAGUUGAGAUUGCUGUCAGCCUUGGUGGAGAGGAAGUGAUAAAAGUAAGAGUGGUGGAAAUUCACAGAGAAAUGAGAGAAGAAAAGGAAAUGAAAGUAAAUGGCACUUGAGGGAGGUGGAGGCAAAAGCUGGAUCGCAGCAAGGUGGAAGCUGGACUUUCACAGCAGUGAGGCCAAAAGAAACAGUGGGAGGAUGAUGGUGAGUCAGGAAUUAGAAUUACCUAUUGAAGCAGAUCUUUGUAGGGUAACUCGCAGGGAGCAUGUUUUACUUCAAAUAGGGAUUAAAAUGUGAAAUAUUCAAAACUCUAUGAUCUUAUAAGCAACAACAAAAAAAAAAAAAAAAGAAAAAAAAAAGGCGGCCUAGAAGGCAACAAGUGUCAUUUCCAAACACACUUCCUGAAAAUCUGCAUUAACGAAGCAACAUCCAAAAGCAGCAGGGAGGUAGAUGUUGCAUCUGGAAAUGCUCAAUUGGCAGCCUGGAGAGGCACAAAAAGUCCCAAAGCUUUCACUUCAUGAUCAUGCUAUAGCCACCAUAAUAUGCAUGGUUAGGAAGACUGACCCUUCUGGCCCAUGUCUCAGCCAAGGAACAACAGCUAAAACAAAAGAGAAUACAUUUUAAAGAGUCUUUAAUAACAUCCCUGAUGAAAUUUAACCCACAGAUUAAGACUGAUAUAGAAGAUGCCAAGGUAUUUUCUGCCUCUCAGCCCAGGGGUUUAAUAGAAUGUAUAGAAGCACAGACAUUCAGGGAGGAGCAAUAACAUCUAGGAUUUGUGGAGAGCAGGUGUGCUGCUAUAAGAAAAAAUAUUGAACUUGGCUUCUGGUUCCCAAAAAAGCACUGGCAACCUCUACUACUCUGGCAGGAUCUCCACAUGGAAGUCUUAAAAUAUUUCAGAAUUCCAUUUGUUUAAUCUGUCUCAUUAUUUGACUAAAAAGCUUGAAGUAUAAUAUAUUAUUCAUGAUCACUUGCAACCUAUCCAUUAAAGGAAAAAAAAAAGCUCCAUAUACUCCCAAGCCUUACAUAUUUAACCUUCUCUUCAUGUUGAAUAGCCUUCUACAAACAAAGAGAGGGAGCUGAGUUAGAGCAUACAGUCUGCUCUGCACCAAAUCUCUCCAAAGGUACUCAGAGGCAGGGGAAGGAUGAAGCAACUUACCCCCUUUCAUGGUCCAUUCCUUUUUACUUGGAAAAGGUGGCAUCCAACCUGUGAAACAGUGAGCAUUACCUUGCAUUAUGUGCCUUCUCUGUUUUAUGUAACAUUAACUGUUCCUUCUCUAUAUGUACAUAAUAUGUUCAUAGUUUAGAUGCUGUAUUCAUAUUACUGUUUUGCUCUGUACAGGAUCAAAAUGACCAAUAA